UGCUUUGCCUUUUUCAAGUGACAAAAGCAAACUGCCUUUGAUUUUGACUUCCUAACCUAUAGCGAUAUGCAGUAUUUUACACUUGCCAAGUUACUGUACUCUCUCUGACCAUAUCAAGCUAAAAUAGUCUCCAUUUUGGCUUUCAUUGGUUCCGUGGCCAUUGUGAUCAUCUAGUCUGACAGCCUGUAUAGUAUGCGCCUUAGAACUGAGGCCUCCUCCUCCCCCACAACAUGCUGUAAAAACUCCACUGCCCACCACUGUCACAGCAACUGUUUUUCUGCAUAUAAAAAUCAGGGCCAGCAUUAGGGGGUAGCAAGCAGGGGCCCCACAAAGCUAAAUUGCUCAGGCUAAGGCUUGAACUGUGUGUGGCGAGGUUCAGGGCCCUAGGCUUCAGCCCCGCACAAUGGGGCUUCGGCUUUCUGCUCUGGGCCCCAGAGAGUCUAACAUUGACCCUGCUUGGCAGACCUCCUGAAAUCUGCUCAGAGCCCCCCAAGGGGCCUCAGACCCCUGGCUGAGAACUGCUGUCAUAGAGCACAGCUUUUAGAGAAAAUCUAAUCUUGUUUUAAAAAUUGCCAGUGAUAAAGGAGCCACCAUGACACUUGUAAAUUGUUCCAAUGGUAAAUUACUGUCACUGUUUUUAAAAAAAAUGGUCUUAUUUCCAGUCUGAAUUUGUCUAGCUUCAACUUCUGGCUAUUGGAUUGUGUUAUACUUUUCCCAACUAGAUUGAAGAACCCAUUAUCACAUAUUUGUUCCCCUUAUAGGUACUUACAGACUAAUCAAGUCACCCCUUAACCUUCUCUUUGUUAAGCAAAAUAGAUUGAGCUCCUUGAGUCUAUCACUAUACCACAUACGGUAUUUUCUAAUCCUUUAAUAAUUCUCAUGGUUCUCUGAACCCUUUCCAGUUUAUCAACAUCCUUUUUGAAUUGUGGACACCAGAACUGGAUACAAUAUUCCAGCAGCAGUCUCAUCAGUGCCAUAUAUGAGGUAAAAUAACCUCUCUACUUAUGCUCAAGAUUCCCCUGUUCAUGCAGCUGAGGAUCGCAUUAAUCCUUUUGGCCACAGUAUCUCACUGGAAGCUCAUGUUAUGGUGAUUAUCCACCAGGAUCCCCAGUUCUUUUUCAGAGUUGCUGCUUCCCAGGAUAGAAUCCCCCGCCUGUGUGUAUCUGCUAUCUUGUGCACCAAUGAGCCUGGAAUUCAAUCUGCUGGAAUAAGACAAUGGCCUCUACGUCCAGUUGAAAUAAAGGGAAUAUGUGUUCUCACUUGUGAUGAUUUGACAUUAUAAACCCUUCAUUAACCAUGAUGGCAACACAGACAUUAAGUAUAGACAACUAUCAAGAUGGACAACAAAUGCAAGUAGUAACCGAGUUAAAAACUGAACAAGACCCAAACUGCUCUGAAACUGAUGCAGAAGGAGUGAGUCCUGCCCCUGUAGAAUCUCAGACGCCAAUGGAUGCAGACAAGCAGGCCAUUUACAGGCACCCACUGUUUCCAUUGUUAGCACUAUUAUUUGAAAAAUGUGAACAAUCUACACAGGGCUCAGAAGGCACUACCUCUGCUAGUUUUGAUGUAGAUAUUGAAAAUUUUGUAAGGAAGCAGGAGAAGGAAGGAAAACCCUUUUUUUGUGAAGAUCCAGAAACUGAUAAUUUAAUGGUAAAGGCAAUCCAGGUUCUACGUAUUCAUCUGCUUGAGUUAGAAAAGGUUAAUGAACUCUGCAAGGAUUUCUGUAGUCGUUACAUUGCCUGUCUGAAAACUAAAAUGAACAGUGAAACUCUACUAAGUGGAGAACCUGGAAGUCCUUAUUCACCUGUACCAUCGCAGCAAAUUCAAAGUGCCAUUGCAGGCACACUGAGUCCCCAAGGGAUUAUGGUGCCUGCAUCAGCAUUGCAGCAGGGAAAUGUAACUAUGGCAACAGUAGCAGGGGGUACAGUGUAUCAGCCAGUCACUGUGGUCACUCCACAAGGUCAAGUAGUGACACAAGCACUGUCACCUGGGACAAUUAGGAUCCAGAAUUCACAGCUUCAGUUACAGUUAAACCAAGAUCUAAGUAUCUUGCAUCAAGAUGAUGGCUCGUCAAAAAAUAAGAGAGGGGUUCUUCCAAAGCACGCUACUAAUGUGAUGAGAUCUUGGCUCUUUCAGCAUAUAGGGCAUCCAUAUCCAACCGAAGAUGAGAAAAAGCAAAUUGCAGCCCAGACAAAUCUGACACUACUGCAGGUUAACAAUUGGUUUAUCAAUGCUAGAAGACGAAUUCUUCAGCCAAUGCUGGAUUCUAGCUGUUCUGAAACUCCAAAAACAAAGAAAAAAACAGCUCAAAACAGACCAGUUCAGAGGUUCUGGCCUGAUUCCAUUGCAUCAGGAGUUGCUCAGCAGCAAUCUAAUGAACUUACAAUGUCAGAUGAGUGGAAGAGCCAGACUUGUUACAUGGGGCCUCCUGACUCUCCACGCUGUUCUCAUUCGUGCAGACCACCCUGCCUUACUGCCCAAGGAGCUGUUGUAACAAUUACAGCUCCGGUCAACAUGAAUGUAGACAGUCUCCAGUCUCUGUCAUCUGAUGGUGCUACUUUGGCUGUUCAGCAAGUUAUGAUGGCAGGACAAAGUGAGGAUGAAUCUGUGGAUAGUGGUGAAGACGAUGGAGCAGACCUCUCAACAACAAACAUCAGUGGGCUUGUUUUGGAUAACAGUGAUUCUCUGCAGUAGGAAGCAAGAGAAUGUGACAAAAUAUUUAGGAAAAUGAAUGGACUGACUGACUGUUUUUAUAGUUUGCACAGCAAACAUUUUACACAAGUUUUAUUUCUAAUAUGUUUUAUAUGUAGAUAUAGAAGGGUGCACUUUUUUGUAUUUCAUAGUAAGCUUAAAGAGUGUCUUUGCAGGUGCAGCAACUUCUUUCAAAUGUGUUUUUGAAUUUUGAAGAGAGGUUGAGUUUGUUUUUUUUUAAUUACAAAAAAUUGCAUCUAGUAAUGUAAUGAACCACAUAAAUACCCCUUUUGUUCUCUCAUUAGAUUGAAAGUGCUACAAUUUCUAAAGAAUUAUGCAGUUUCAAUUAGACCUGUUGUUAAAGACAGCUCUUGGUUGACUUAACAAUGUAAAUUCAAAGCAUGUGGCACUUGAUCAUUAAGUUAGACACACAUUUGAAAGAUGCUUCUGCACCUUAAAAACUGCCAGUCUGAGGUGGGCAACAACACACACCCACAAAGAAAAUGGAGAUGUGUGAUUCAGUAGCGAAUGUAUGACAGUUUAAAUAAGUUUAAUUUCUCUCAUAGUCAGUGAGCUUGUUUAUCAUUUGCUAUAAAAACUCCUAUUUUUACCUUGGCGGGAUUAUUGGAUAAAAAAAAUAUUUUUAUAAAUUGAGUAGGAAUUGGAAUGACAACUGUAUUGAGCAUGAGAAAAAAAUUUCCAGAAGGGGAAAAUAAAUGUUUAGUAUUCCUAUUUGGAAGGUUCUGAAAAUUUGACCAAAUUUAAUAAACAUGCCUAAUGCUAGUGUUCCAUGGUUCUCUGCUAUCCCAUAGUGGUAUAGUAUAUUUGAUAAUAGCAUAAGAAGGGCCCACAGUUUGAUGGGAUUUUGAUAUUGUCAAACUUUGAUUUAUAUAUGUGUAAACUAAUGCUCAAAUUACAUUUAACUCUGUAUCUAAACUUGUAUCUGAAGAUAUUUGCUAAAUAGGUAUUCAGGUAAGUAAGUACAAUUAUCCACAAAAUUUCUAGUAAUCAACAGAGAAACUUAAUAGUUCAUGUUUUUUCAGUCUGAUUUUUAAAAAUGAAAAAUUGACUGGCUAGUUUUUCCACCUCAGUUAUAUUAUUGAAUUUGAAAUUUGUUUCCACAUACAAAAAAUAUAAUUUAUGGAUUAUAUAAAGAAUCUUUUCAAAUACAAACAUCACUACCAGAAUUUACAACAGGCUUGUAAAAAAUCCUUGUGUGUCUUUUAACAAACUCAGAACUAGUGAUGAAAAUAGAUUUAUCUGUGAUAAUGGUUAAUUUCAGUUUAUCCGCAGAUCUUGAGUUGUGUAUUGUUAUUUCUGAACACCUGUUAUUGACCCUUCAUGCUGAAAAAGUUGGUCUUUCCCCAUUGUUAAGUGCAAAGAACAGUAGACUCAAGAAAUCUUGUAGCAGGACAGUGUGAAAAGGAGGGUGCUACCUUCAAAUCUUAAGCACUGAUUGAGCAAAGCACUUAGUUAUGUGCUUAACUAUAAGCACCUACUUAAAGCCAUUCCUGUUCCACAAAAUAUCCAAGCAUGUGCUUAGAUCCCGUUAACUUCAGUGGGGUUAAACCAUAUACUUGAAAUUAAACACAUGCUUAGGUGCUUUGUUGAAUUGGGGCUUUGAAGUCUGCCUUACUGAGCAAUUUAUAGGCAGCAUGAACAGAGACCUUGACAGGAGAUGCUAAAAAAUUGUUACAUGUACAUAGAAGGCAAAUUUAUUUUUCAGAGGUUACCAUUAAAAAAAUCCUUGUUUUACUGGCAUUGGGCUACAUUCACCACUAGCAUAAGCAGCUGACUUCGCCACUGUAACACCUAAUUAUGCCUGUGAUGAAUUGGGCCUGUUGACUCAACUGCAGUAAUGAGGUAUGAUUAUGGUUAGAAUUAUUGAAGUAAAGUUUUUAAAGUAUUUGUUUUAAUCUAUCUUCUCUGUUUUUGCCUCUAAUACCCUUUCCAUAUGUACUGAGCAAUUUAAAGAAAAUACUAAGAGUGUAUAAUGAAAGAUUUAAUUAUGAAAACUGGUAUAAUGUAAUUGAUUUAAGGCAUACUGACAAGUCCAAUUUGACCCAAAAAUUAAAAGGGCACAGUCAACUUUAAAAAUCAAACUCCUGUAUGAAAACAUUUGCCUACUAUUGUUAUAAGCAACACCCAAGAUGAAUAUAACUGACUGAGAUUGGAAGCAAAAAUACUUUUCUCUAUCUUUUCAAUUUGUUUACUGUUUGCUUCUGCCAGCACUUUUUCAGUGUUUCCAUGGUAGAGCCAUUUUUUCCUAUUGUACUGUGUAUGUUUUUCAUACAACAGAAGGUGAGAGGAAAAAUAUUUUUAGGGCUAGAUUCAGCCAGCUUUGUUCAUGUUUAGUAGCAGUUGAAGCCACAGAGCUGCAAAUACUUACAUACAUGAGUAGAAUAAUGUAUUGCUCAAUACGAGCAAAGCUGGCGGAAUUGAGUCCUCAAAAAAUAGAAAAAUGUGAUUUUUUUUUUUUUUUAAAAUACAUAUAUAUUGGCAGGGGGACUUAGGUGGGUGUAGUACCUGAAACUUUUAACUCAGUUGAAAAUAAGUAGAUUUCAAGUUGACAAUGUCCCUUUUGAUUUUAUGAAAGCAAGCUUGUACAAAUCAUUACACCAAUUAAAAGUGUUUCCUUGGAUUUUUUCCUUCGUUCUAGUGGAAAUAUAUAUAUUUUUAUUCAAUAGAAUAAGUAAGCGUUCUUGCUGGUGUUUGCAGCGUUUAUCCAGUGCAUAAGUACCUGGAAUGUGAAAUUGACUGGAAAGUUACUAAUGACAAAAGAAAAUGGAGUAAUCCAUUUUUAAUGUUAGUCUCAAGAAAACUGCAAAAAGUAAACAGUAUAGUGAAAAGUAAACUAUAUUUGUAAAAUUACUUCAGUUUUAAUAAUCAAAGGUACUAUUUAACAAACUAUGGGGCCCAAAUUUUUUCAAGGACUGACAUCUAAUAACUAAAACUGCAACAUUUAAAAAGAAAUCAUGGAAAUUGUGCAAAAUUAAAACAGAUGCACUUGAUUGUAAUUAAGUGAAUUUAAGUUACUAAUGAUUCAAUUUUUGGUACCAAACCUGCUUGGGAGCAAUUAAUGAAUAAUUAUUCAGUCUAUGCAAGAUGAAAUUACCUCUCCAGCCAUAACUGUGUGAUUUAUAGGUACGCUAUUGUAGUAUUUUUGGUCUUCUUUUAUUUUUGAUAAUCAUUCAGACAAAACAUUCACUAAAAAUUCAGCUGGGUUUAAAGUUGACUAGGCAAAAUAUAAUUUGGAAAGCAUGUUGGAAAUAUAAGUAACCUUCAUUCCCUCUUGAAAAUCUAAGAUGUUAACACUAGUGAAAAGAAGAACAGGAGUACUUGUGGCACCUUAGAGACUAACAAAUUUAUUAGAGCAUAAGCUUUCGUGGACUACAGCCCACUUCUUCGGAUGCAUAUAACACUAGUGAAACAUUUCUAUUUCUAAACAAUUUCCCCCUCUGCCAUAGUAAAUAGAAUGCAUUCAGAUAGUAAUCAUCUCCCCCGAAAAGUAAAGCUAGCCAAGAAAAAUCAAUGAGAAUGCAAGUUUAGGUUUUACUUUGUUCAUUUAAAUACUACAGUUAAACACGUAUUACUUCUGAAUUGUUAAAUGUAUUGCUGAAGAGUACUCCUGGAAACAUUUAGGACUUGACUGAACUUUGUUGUUGUUUCAUUGUAGAUUGAAUAGCUAGGUUGGCUUUGCCAAACCCAAAUCUGAUUUUUCUAGGCUUACUAAACUCUUUCAAGUAUUUUAUUUUUCACAUUAUAAAAUAAUUUUACUUAAUCAUUCAACAUGGAGUAGAAUGAAAGAUGGCGCAAGUAUGCUGUGAAAAGAUCAUGCUAACCAUGUCAUUUGGUUACCUGUGCAACAUGGUAAUAUAAGUUUUGUUCUGCUCUGUAGUUCUGUAGGAUCUACUGAAUAAUCACUCUUUUUUUCUUUUCUUUUUUUUGACUGUGUGAGAGAGCACGCCUUUUUACAAACUUACUAACCUUGUAGUCUACUGUCAAAAUAUUUACCUAAUGUUAUUAGAUGCCCAUGUUUUCAGAUAGUGACAGAAAUGACCCUCAAUCUUCCACUGUUUUAGCAACAUUUGUUCUAUAAAACUGACAAUCUUUAAAAUGUGAACACUGUACAUUUAGCUUUUCUUGGAUAGUUGUCUUUUAAGGGAUAUUGUGAAGCAAUUGAUCUAUCAAAGCAAAGAAAAAUUAAAAAUCAGAACAUGCUUCAUGGAUGAUGGAUUUUUACAUGAACAGUUUCUGUGAAUGGAAAAAGCAUGCCUUGUCUUUAAAGUUGAAACAUUCACAUUGCUUUAAUUAUAUUAGCAUUAUUUAGUUCAACAUCAGUCGUAUUUUCAGGAAUCUGUAACAUAGCUGGAAAAUAUCAUAUCAGACUAGUUACCCAAGAUUUUUUGUCUGGGACAGUUUUUUGGCCUGUUUUGUUUUGUUUACCCAAAUGCAGAAAAAAUGAUUUACUGGUUCUUAAUGUUUUUGGGUGGGAGAGGGGGACUGUGAUUUUGCAGUGCAAAAGCUGUUUUGAGGAAUGAAAGACUUAGCAGGUAGUUAGUCUAUGAUAUGUGUUCUUUGUUUUUGUUGCUCUGAAAUUGUUAAUUAAAAUGGUAUGAACAUUGAA